CAGCACUGUCAGCCAAGCCCAGGAGGAAAAGCCAGGCCUAGCCUCUGCCCCAUUCCUGUUCCCCACCUGUCUCUACCCCUGUCUCUCCUUUCCCUGGUUCUGCCAGACUAUCUCCCUGGGCACCAGCCUCCCCACCCACCCCUGGAGGGCGGGGCUUGGCUGCACCCACGUGUGGUGGAGUUAAAUGCUCCUAGCCGGCAGAGGAGCUAGGGAGUGUGGCACUGAGCCGGCUCAGGCAGAGACGCGGCACCAUGGCUAGCAAGAAAGUCUGCAUUGUAGGCUCCGGGAACUGGGGCUCAGCCAUCGCCAAGAUCGUGGGUGGCAAUGCAGCCCAACUGGCACAGUUUGACCCAUGGGUGACCAUGUGGGUGUUUGAGGAAGACAUUGGAGGCAAAAAGCUGACCGAGAUCAUUAACACACAGCAUGAGAAUGUCAAAUACCUGCCAGGGCACAAGCUGCCCCCAAAUGUGGUGGCUGUCCCAGAUGUGGUUCAGGCUGCAGCGGAUGCUGACAUCCUGAUCUUUGUGGUGCCACAUCAGUUCAUCGGCAAGAUCUGUGACCAGCUCAAGGGCCACCUGAAGGCAAACGCCACUGGCAUAUCUCUUAUUAAGGGGGUAGACGAGGGCCCCAAUGGGCUGAAGCUCAUCUCCGAAGUGAUUGGGGAGCGCCUCGGCAUCCCCAUGAGUGUGCUGAUGGGGGCCAACAUUGCCAGCGAGGUGGCUGAUGAGAAGUUCUGUGAGACAACCAUUGGCUGCAAGGACCCAGCCCAGGGACAACUUCUGAAAGAGCUGAUGCAGACACCCAAUUUCCGCAUCACCGUGGUGCAAGAGGUGGACACAGUAGAGAUCUGUGGGGCCUUAAAGAAUGUAGUGGCCGUGGGGGCUGGCUUCUGUGAUGGCCUGGGCUUUGGCGACAACACCAAGGCAGCAGUGAUUCGGCUGGGACUCAUGGAGAUGAUAGCCUUCGCCAAGCUCUUCUGCAGUGGCCCUGUGUCCUCUGCCACCUUCUUGGAGAGCUGUGGUGUUGCUGACCUGAUCACUACCUGCUAUGGAGGGCGGAACCGGAAAGUAGCUGAGGCCUUUGCGCGUACAGGAAAGUCCAUUGAGCAGCUGGAGAAAGAGAUGCUGAAUGGGCAGAAACUGCAGGGGCCCCAGACAGCCCGGGAACUACACAGCAUUCUCCAGCACAAGGGCCUUGUGGACAAGUUUCCCUUGUUCAUGGCUGUGUACAAGGUGUGCUACGAGGGCCAGCCAGUGGCUGAAUUUAUCCGCUGCCUACAGAAUCAUCCGGAACAUAUGUGAGUGGAGUCAGGGCCCAGGCCAGGCCGCUUCUUUACCCCAAUGGAGACCAGCAGAAGCCUGAGGUACCUAGUCAUCAAGAUCUCCAGGACUCCCAGGGAACAGAGUCUUCUCAUCUUUUCACUGGAGGACAGGAGGCUAUGGGGCCCAGAUACACACUUGGAGAUUCUGAACUGUCAAGUCACUGGCAGCCUCUUGCCACCACAUUUGCCAGAAAUGCAGUUGCCCUGUCCCUCUCCAGAUGUAGGGCUUUCUCCUUGUCCUCUGGGAGGGGUGGAAUCAAGCCCCAGUGUUGCCUGCUUGGCGGGGUGGGUGGGUGGGGUGUUAUGUGGGGAAGGGUGGAGGGAGAGGGUGGCAGGGCAGGGGCUGCCAGUGGCUGUCUCACACAGACCAGGAAUCCUGUUAAAGGGCUGAAGAAAUAUCUUAGCCACAGCAGGAAUGAGGCAAGGAUUGUCAGGGAAGGGUCUGGGCUUCUGAGCUGAUGCAGGCCCCAGGGACCCCUUUGCUGACCUUUGCCAGGACCCACACAGUUUCAGUGGAUCUCAGUGUUUGUUAACAAAAUACAAAGAUCUCAAACAAUCCCCUUCUAGCUUCUCCUAGCAACAUCUGCGUCCUCAGAAACCUCUGGUCCUCCCCUUUCCUUCUCCCCCAGGCUGCCCUGGCACCCGAGUUGCUGCCAUGCUGGCAUCUCUAGCUGGGUGGCUUGACAUUCUCCCCAGGGACUUCCCGGUUCCUAGUUCUUUGCCAGCUCCUCCCCGUUCUGUGUGACCUUUCCAAGCCUUCCCUCACCCUCCUCGCCAGCACCCUGUUUGGGGGGCAGGAACUUAAUCUGCUGACAGAGCUAUACCUUUCACAGCAGGCUCAGAUCACUGGGCUCCCUGUGACCUUUGUGUUCGCCCGGCCUCCCUUCUCAGUAGCUCUAGCUGGGGGAGGUGUCAGCUGGGCCCCUCCUGUGCUAUCUCCCCAGAGGACAUCCCUGACUCCACCCCUUUCCUCCUCCCAAACCCUGCACCCCUUCUUCAGACUGGCCAGGGUAACCAGCCAACCCGUGCCUGGCAUCUGGAAGCCAGCAGGCCGGAGGGUGGCCCAAAGGCUGACGAAGGCUAGGGAAAGGUGAGCAGGUGGGUGGGUAUCAAUAUUCCAAGGGCAGCUCUUUGCUAAAUGAGGGCCUCCUUGUGAGGUACUGACCACACCGGCACCUCAGUAGUUGGGAAACUUAGGAGGAGGAAGAAAAUGAAAACCACCCUACUCCCUGGGGGUGAGGGAAGAACAGGAGCGGGGGAGGAGGAGUGUGCUCUGCACUGGCCUUGCUCCAGGAUGGGGUGGCAGCAUUAGAAUGUCACAGGUCAGCAGCCUAGGCCUCCAGCUAUAAAUAAUCCGAGGGCCCGAGAGGCUCCCGCCCGUCCAGCAGGGGUCUCAGCUUCCUCUGUGGCAGCACCUGGCACACUGGCUCUGGCCAGCAUUAUGCCAAAGCCCUCCUACUCUCCAACGAACCAGGGAGGCGGGCUCCUCUCUGUGCCUAGCCCUUUAGAAUUCUGUCUAACAGUGAAGGGCGGAGCUGCCUAGAUCAGGCAGCAAGAGUGAGGGCCACAGUUACCCCAGGCCUGGCUGAGACCAGGUCUGGGCACUGAGUGACUUCAGAGCUGCCUCCCCAGGAGGUUAAGGUGGAGGCAAAGGGGAAGCUUCAAACACUUUUGCCUACUUUUGUUCAUCAGGUCCACCUGUCUACCCAAUAAAGCGUGUUUUUCCAGAAACA